UUCCGGUCGUCGCUUGGCUCGAUUUUCUUCCGGGGCGGGACUUCCUGUCCAUCUUUGAUAGGCGGCAGGCUGCUGAGCUGGUAGGAGGACCAGACUGGGAGGGUCAGCUCCGCCCCCCAGCGUUCUGUGGCCAUGACGACCGUUCCGCAGGACUCCCUGGUGUGGAAGCUUUCGGGGCUGCUGCGGGAGUCCGGGGAUGUGGUCCUGUCUGGCUGUAGCACCCUGAGCCUGCUAACUCCCACACUGCAACAGCUGAACCAUGUAUUUGAGCUGCACCUGGGGCCCUGGGGCCCUAGCCAGACAGGCUUUGUGGCUCUGCCCUCCCAUCCUGCUGACUCCCCUGCCAUCCUUCAGCUUCAGUUUCUCUUCGAUGUGCUGCAGAAAACACUUUCACUCAAGCUGGUCCAUGUCCCUGGUCCUGGCCCCCCAGGGCCCAUCAAGAUUUUCCCCUUCAAAUCCCUUCGGCACCUGGAGCUCCGAGGUGUUCCCCUCCACUGUCUGCAUGGCCUCCGAGGCAUCUAUUCCCAACUGGAGACCCUGAUUUGUAGCAAGAGCCUCCAGGCAUUAGAGGAGCUCCUCUCAGCCUGCGGCGGCGACUUCUGCUCUGCCCUCCCUUGGCUGGCUCUGCUUUCUGCCGACUUCAGCUACAAUGCACUGACCUCCUUAGACAGCUCACUGCGCCUCUUGUCAGCUCUGCGUUUCUUGAACCUAAGCCACAAUCAAGUCCAGGACUGCCAGGGAUUCCUGAUGGAUUUGUGUGAGCUCCACCAUCUGGACAUCUCCUAUAAUCGCUUGCAUUUGGUGCCAAGAAUGGGACCCUCGGGGGCUGCUCUGGGGGUCCUGAUACUGCGAGGCAAUGAGCUCCAGAACCUGCAUGGCCUGGAGCAGCUGAGGAAUCUCCGGCACCUGGAUUUGGCAUACAAUCUGCUGGAAGGACACCGGGAGCUGUCGCCACUGUGGCUGCUGGCUGAGCUUCGCAAGCUCUACCUAGAGGGGAACCCUUUGUGGUUCCACCCUGCACACCGAGCGGCCACUGCCCAGUACUUGUCACCACGAGCUAGGGUUGCUGCUACCGGCUUCCUUCUCGAUGGCAAGGUCUUGUCGCUGACAGAUUUUCAGACUCACACAUCCUUGGGGCUCAGCCCCAUGGGCCCACCUUUGCUCUGGCCAGUGGGGAGUACUCCUGAAACCUCAGGCGGCCCUGAUCUGAGUGACAGCCUCUCCUCUGGGGGUGUUGUGGUCCAGCCCCCACUUCAUAAGGUUAAGAGCCGAGUCCGUGUGAGGCGGGCGAGCAUCUCUGAACCCAGUGAUACAGACCCGGAGCCCCGAACUCUGAACCCCUCUCCAGCUGGAUGGUUUGUGCAGCAGCACCGGGAGCUGGAGCUCAUGAGCAGCUUCCGGGAACGGUUUGGCCGCGACUGGCUACAGUACAGGAGCCACCUGGAGGCCUCCGGAAACCCUCUGCCGGCUGCCCCCACCACUCCUGCCCCCAGUGUACCUCCAGCUGGCUCCCAGGGCCCAGACAUGGCACCCAGACCUUCACCCCCGGAGGAGGAUGCCAGAGGCCUCUGGGAGUCACCACAGAAAAUUUCAGAGGAGGUCAGGGUGGAGCCACAGGAGAAGGAAGAGGAGGAAGAGGAGCAGAUGGUGCAACAGGGAGAGGAGGAGGCAGGAGAGAAGGAGCAGGAGGAGGAGGAGGAGCAGGACCAGAAGGAAGUGGAAGCGGAGCUCUGUCGCCCCAUGUUGGUGUGUCCCCUGGUGGGGCCUGAGGGUGUGUGUGGCAGGGAAUGCUUUCUCAGGGUCACUUCUGCCCACCUGUUUGAGGUGGAACUCCAAGCAGCUCUAACCCUGGAACGACUGGAGCUCCAGAGUCUAGAGGCAGCUGAGAUAGAGUCGGAGGCCCAGGUUCAGAGACUGCCCAGGCCCAAGGGCUCAGAUCUGCUCCCUGGAGCCCCCAUCCUCAGUCUUCGCUUCUCCUACAUCUGCCCUGACCGGCGGCUGCGUCGCUAUGUGGUGCUGGAGCCUGAUGCCCACGCAGCCGUCCAGGAGCUGCUUGCCGUGUUGACCCCAGUCACCAACAUGGCUCGGCAUCAGCUUGGGGAGGCCAGGAACCUCCUGCCGGGUAGAUUUCAGUGUCUACGCUGUGGCCAUGAGUUCAAGCCAGAGGAGCCCAAGCUGGGAUUGGACAGUGAGGAAGGCUGGAGGCCUCUGUUCCAAAAGACAGAAGCUCCUGCUGUAUGUCCUAACUGUGGUAGUGACCAUGUGGUUCUCCUGGUCGUGUCUGGGGGAACCCCCAAAAGGGAGCAGAAACAGGGAGAGCAGUCUCUGGCUCCCUCUCCAUCUGCCAACUCUGUCUUCGACCCUCCUGGCCAUGGUGACCACCACGACAGGGCCAAGAGCAGCCCACCUCAGGCACCGAGCACCCGUGACCGCAGUAGUUGGAGCCUCAGUCCCCCCCCUGAGCUCUGUGGCCUCCGCUCUGUGGACCACCGACUGCGGCUCUUCCUGGACGUUGAGGUGUUCAGCGAUGCCCAGGAGGAGUUCCAGUGCUGCUUCAAGGUGCCAGUGGCGUUGGCAGGCCACACCAGGGAGUUCCUGUGCCUUGUGGUUGUGUCUGACCACAGGUUGUACCUGUUGAAGGUGACUGCGGAGAUGCGUGAGCCUCCAGCUAGCUGGCUGCAGCUGACCCUGGCCGUUCCUCUCCAGGAUCUGAGUGGCAUAGAGCUGGGCCUGGCUGGCCAGAGCCUGCGGCUGGAGUGGGCAGGUGGGGCAGGCAGCUGUGUGCUGCUGCCCCCAGAUGCCCGGCGUUGCCGGGCCUUCCUAGGGGAGCUCCUUGAUGUCUUGCAGUCUCUGCCCCCUGCCUGGAGGAACUGUGUCAGUGCUACAGAGGAGGAGGUGACCCCCCAGCACCGGCUCUGGCCACUGCUGGAGAAAAACUCAUCCUUGGAGACCCCCCAGUUCUUCUACCUUCGGGUGUUCCUGGUUGAAGGCUCUUCCACCUGCCUUGUGUCCCUGUUGCUGACUCCAUCCACCCUGUUCCUGUUAGAGGAAGAUGCUGCAGGGUCCCCAGCAGAGCCCCCUCUUCCAGCAGUGGCUGGCGAAGCCUCAGAGAAGGUGCCUCCCUUGGGACCGCGCCCUGCUGUGCGCAUCCGGGAGCAGCAGCCACUUAGCAGCCUGAGCUCUGUGCUGCUCUACCGCUCAGCCCCAGAGGACCUGCGGCUGCUCUUCUACGAUGAGGUAUCCCGGCUGGAGAGCUUUUGGGCACUCCGUGUGGUGUAUCAGGAGCAGCUGACAGCCCUGCUUGCCUGGAUCCGGGAGCCGUGGGAGGAGUUAUUUUCCAUCGGCCUCCGGACUGUCAUCCAAGAGGCUCUGGCCCUUGACUGAUGAGGCUCCCACAGUGACCUUGGCUCUGACCUCAGGAGCCACGCUGCAGACGUUCUCUCUCCUAGUCUCUGGGUUUGGCUUCCAGACUCUGGCUGUGGACUUCUCCAGCCUCUGGGCGCUGUCCAGUGAGACCCCAAAUGACCCAGGGUUUAAGGGAGAGGUGAGAGAAUGGUCUGGCCUCGGGACAGGCCACAUUGUCAGGAGGAAUCGUUUUCCUGCACUUUUUCUCAGGUAUCAAUAAAGUUAUUUCCAACUCAUA